AUGAGCCAAUUCGUGCCAGAUUGGGGAAACAUGGGCGACAUCUCCAGGCCACUCGGGGAAGACGAUGACCUCAUGGAGCUGCUGUGGUGCAACGGCAAUGUCGUCAUGCAGAGCCAGGGUCAUCGGAAGCUGCCGCCGAGGCCUGAGAAGGUUCCGGCGCCGCCGGUGGUGCAAGAAGACGAGGCCGGCCUGUGGUUCCCGUUCGCCCUCGCUGACUCGCUCGACAAGGACAUCUUCCAGGACCUCUUCUGCGAAGAACCACCGGGGGCGGCCGGCGUCGACGGCUCCAGCAGGCAGCAAUCGAUGAGCCUGGCCGACUGCGGCGACAACGCCGGCGGCUUCCAGUCAGACCUCGUCCAGGCUCGCGCCGGGAAGGCAGCGAUGGAGGAGGGCGCGUCGUCGACGCUGAGCGCGAUGGGGGCGAGCUUCUGCGGGAGCAACCAGGUGCAGGUGCAGGGCGCGGUGAGCGACCACGGGCGCGCCGGCCACGCCACUGCCUAUGGCGACGGCGGAGCGGGCAGCGCUCUGCCCUCGGCGGUGGGGAGCGUAAAUGCAAACGCCAGAGGCAGGGGCCACGAGGCCACCGUGGCCUCCUCGUCGGGGCGGUCCAACUACAGCUUCGGCGUCACCGCCACUACCACCACCACCACCGGCACCGAGCCGACGAGCACGAGCAACCGGAGCAGCAAGAGCAAGCGGGGGCUCGACACGGAGGACUCGGAGAGCCCCAGCGAGGACGCCGAGUCAGAGUCCUUGGUGCUGGAGCGCAAGCCGCCCCAGAAGCUCACGACGGCGCGGAGGAGCCGCGCCGCCGAGGUGCACAACCUCUCCGAGAGGAGGAGACGAGACAGGAUCAACGAGAAGAUGCGAGCCCUGCAAGAGCUCAUACCCCACUGCAACAAGACUGACAAGGCGUCGAUGCUGGACGAGGCGAUCGAGUACCUGAAGACGCUGCAGAUGCAGGUGCAGAUGAUGUGGAUGGGCAGCGGCAUGGCGCCGCCGGCGGUGAUGUUCCCGGGCAUGCAGAUGCACCAGUACCUGCCGCAGAUGGGCCCGUCCAUGGCGCGGAUGCCCUUCAUGGCGCCGCCGCAGCAGGGCCACGGCGUGAGCCUGCCGGAGCAGUACGCGCACUUCCUCGGCGUCAACCCCCACCACCACCUGCAGCCGCCGGCCCACCACCACCACCGGCAGCAUUUCGCGCAGGGGCUGGGCUACUACCCGCUAGGGGCGAAGGCCCUGCAGCAAAGUCCGGCGCUCCACCACGUGUCCAAUGGCAACGCCGGCGGUGGCACGCCUGCCGCUACCGCCAACGCCACGCCGGGGAACGCGAUACACCCAAACAAAAGAUGA